CAAUACAUACUAUACGAUGGCAGGCAAGUGUACUUUAGCGAGUGUUCUAGGGUUACUUUUGGUAUUCACACUGUUCCAGAACCCGCUCACCGUCUGCGGACAAAGUAUCCCGGCGGUGGCUUUGUUCACGUUCGGUGACUCCAACUUCGACGCCGGAAACAAACAGACUCUCACGCAAGUAAACGUUGCUCAAGGUUUCUGGCCGUACGGUAAAUCCAGAGAUGAUCCUAAUGGUAAAUUCUCCGACGGUUUCAUCGCUCCUGACUUCGUCGAUAUUUUUAUUAUUUUUGUGAGGUGCUCUAAAAUAAUAAAAAUACAAUAUGCAGCAACAUUCAUGGAAAUUCCUAUCCCAAUCCCUGCUGCGCUUAAACCGGGCGUCAAUGUCUCACGUGGAGCUAGUUUCGCCGUCGCUGAUGCUACGCUUCUCGGAGCUCCGGUUCAAUCUUUGACUCUGUAUCAACAAAUUACGAAGUUCAAUGAAAUGAAAGCAGCAAAUUGGAAUGACGACUUCAUCAAGCAGUCAUUGUUUAUGAUAUACAUUGGUGCUAAUGAUUACUUGAAUUUCACCAAGAACAACCCUAUCGCCGAUGCAUCUGCUCAACAAGCUUUCGUCACUUCCGUGACCAACCAGUUAAAGAAUGAAAUCAGCUUCUUGUAUGCAUCAGGAGCUAGAAAGUUGAUGAUCCAAACCCUAGCACCAUUGGGUUGCUUACCGAUAGUCAGACAAGAUUACAGAACCGGAAUGGAACAAUGCUACGAACCUCUUAACAAUUUGGCUAUACAGCACAACGAAAAAAUCGGACCAAUGUUGAACGAAAUGGCUCUAAAUGCUCCUGAUUUCCAGUUCACUGUUUUCGACUUCUACAAUGUUAUUCUUCGUAGGAUCACGCCGCAGAGGAGCUUAGGCUACAGAUUUUUACGGACGAAUGUAUCGUGCUGCGGUAUUGGGACACACACUGCUUAUGGUUGCGGUUUACCUAACGUGCACUCCAAGCUAUGCUCGUACCAACGAUCUUACUUAUUCUUCGAUGGGCGUCACAAUACUGAGAAGGCACAAGAAAGUUUUGGUCAUCUUAUGUUUGGAGCCGAUCCAAAUGUGAUCCAACCGAUGAACAUCCGUGAGCUCGUUACUUACCCAGUAGGUGAACCUAUGCGUGAGGCUUGGUUACCUACUACGUCAGCCACAGUCCAAGCCAGAGCCUCUAGCUCGUCGACAAGCCCCGGUUAUGAGUUAAACUGAGUCUCUUUAAAUCGUAAUGUGUUUAGCUUACAACUUCUUCUUUUUCAUCCUGCUCCAGUGAAUUUCCCUCUACAAUAAAAGAUUGAUCACUGUAACUCAUGUAUGGGACUGAUUAGAGAGUGAAUCAAUCUAUCGAUCGUUUACGCAAACUA